GCAGGCACAAAGAUCUGUUCUAUUUCCAUUGCUCAUUUGAGUCUUAUUAUAUUCAGUAAUGCGGUUGACAGUGGAAUGACUGGUACUGGACGAUGAUUCAAAACCACCACCUGUGCAAUGCCAGCCAAGUUUCAUGUUUGCAUAGGAGCCACUCCCAUUCUGAUUUCAAAAGUUAUUCUAAAGUGAAUCUUCCACUGGAUUUGAAAGCACCAUAAUGGCAGAAUUUGUCUUUGAUGCUCAAAAUCCUUUAAAUUGUCCAAUCUGUCUGAAUCUGCUUAAGGACCCCGUGACUACAUCUUGUGGGCACAAUUUCUGUAUAAUGUGUAUAAAGAGGUGCUGGGAUGAGGAUGCUUCUAUGAGGCGAGCCUACAGCUGCCCUACAUGCAGGACGAUAUUCAAUCAAAGACCAGAUCUCAGCAGAAACACUGUCCUGGCUGAAAUUGUAGAUGGAAUGAAACGAGAAGUUCCAGCUGGUCUUGGAGAUGUUAAGUGUGAUGUUUGUAAAGGAAGAAAACUGAAAGCCAUCAAGUCUUGUUUGUUUUGUAUGGCUUCAUACUGCCAAACUCACAUUCAGCCUCAUUACGAGUCAGAAGCUUUCAAAAAGCACAAGCUGGUGAACACUUCCUCAAAUCUACAGCAGCAGAUCUGCCCUCAACAUCAUAAAGCACUGGAGGUUUACUGCUAUACUGACCAGAAAUGUAUUUGUGUAGUUUGUUUGGUGGGUCAGCACAGUGGACAUAAAACAGUCUCAGCUGCAGCAGAAAUGACAAAAAAACAGGAGGAACUGAAAAUAAAGCACAGAGAUUUUGUACAAAAAACCAACAACAUUCACAUGGAGAUUCAGCAGUUUAAGACAGCUGUGGUCUCUCAUAAGCACUCUGCACAGGCAGCAGUGGCAAACAGUGACAGGAUUUUCAGUGAGCUCAUCUGCUCUAUUCAGAAACGACAAGCUGAGAUGAGAGAGAUGAUCAGAGCUCAGGAGAAGAAAGAAGUACAAAAUGCAGAGAAUCACAUACAAAAAUUGGAGCAAGAGCUCAGUAAUCUGAAGACGGGCAAGUGUAAACUGGAGCCACUUUUACAUACAGACGAUUACAUUUACUUCUUUCAGAAUUACACUUACUGUUCUACAUUAUAUCCAUUCACAACCUCACCCUGGAAUGUCAAUGACCUCCUGACAUUUGAGAAUGUAGAAAAGUCUGUCUCAGAGCUGAAAAGCCAACUGGACAAAUUCUGUGAAGAGCACAUAGGCAAAAUAUCACAGAAAGUUGCUGAUGUCCAAAUACUCCAAAACGUGUUCAAGAGCUAUCCACAAAGGACUCCGGUAUUAAUUCUGGAAGAUGUGGAACUUGAUGAGGAAAUUGAUAUGUCAUUAAUACAUUUUCUAAACCUAAAAAGGAGCUAAAUGGAGCUAAAUGGAAAGAUGUGCGGUAUUGAGUAUCGAUUGAUUGAGUGUGACAGCAACCAGGUAGAUUAUGGUAUAUCAUAUUAGUAUAAUUAGUAAUAUGGCUUUAAAACUGUUACUCAGUUGCUCAGUAAAUCUGUGUUGUGAAUAAUUCUAAGAAAUAUUUUGAACAAAACUAUAACUAUAUAUAUAUAUAUAUAUAUUGAUAUAUAUAUAUUGAUAUACAUAUUGAUUAAUUGAGCUACAAUCUAUGUUCGGAGAAGCCAUAGAAAUGGUGUUAGUUGGAAUUCAGCAUUCUAUUUCUUUGUCAUAGAUGUAAACAAAUCCUUAUUUGUCCAAAGAUCAACUGUGAUUGUAAUAAAAUGUAUUGUUUUUGUUGUGUCUUUAAUUUUUGUGAUAGCCAUACACAAGUUAGUUCUAUAAGGGAAUG